AUGGAACCCAACAAAAAACCCAUCACUCUUACGAAUAUGAUCGUGUACAGUGGUCCUCCACAUCGUCCUCGUAAGCGAUCUAAAUCACCGUUUUCUAUUGAUGGUACAUCCUCUUUCCAGUCCCAAACCUCCUCAUCUCUAGCCCACCCCCUUCCACCACGUCCCUCUGCCCCAGUGACGCACUCCACAAUUCCUGAUUCUUUAGACCGAGAGCUAUCUUCUCUUUCUUCUACUGGCCCCGUCCAACUGCCAAUUCAGCCUCAAUCGGACUCCUCCCAAUCAAGAGAAGCUACGCCGGUCAAUUCUGUUGAAUCAAGCAAAGAAGACAAUCUAGAUUGCGAUAUCACAACUGAUAUGAAUGAGCAUGAUAAUCCGCAAGGCGAUAACGAGUCUCUUAGCGAGAUCUGUCAGGCAACAUCUCUUCAAGAGAAUUACCAUUCAAUACAGAGAUCGACUCGUGAGUCUCCAGUAGCAUUCAAUCCGGAUGCAGAGUCCCAAUGCAAUACGUCAAAUGAUGAAGGCUGUGAGAGCGUAGUUCCAGAAAGCCCAGUAUGGAAUAUACCAACUGAUGCGGGAACUGAUGGUACUAGAAUGUCCAACCAACAUUCUAUAAAUCUCCUGGACGAUGCCGACCUCGACGCAGUCACACCGGAAAUUGAAACAUCAAGAUUAGCCAAAUUGGAUCUUGCUAGUCAGAAUGAAGAACUUGAGCUAACUGAGAGUCACUGCCCUGAUGAGAUCGUUACUGGAAGCGAUUCCCGUCCAUAUCAAUCGCAAAGGGCAGAUGGUCUUCCACCAGUUAGAGUGACCACGAAACAUACAAACCCACUGGGUGCGGGGAUGAAAGGACCCAAUACCGUACCGGUUUUCGCUACCCAAAAAUAUGCUGGGCGAAACCGUCAGCGCCGCCGUGCUUCAUCUGAGAGUUCAGAAAGUGACGAUUCUGAGGAUGAUGAUUAUCAUAACGAUAGUCUUGGAGAAGGCGAUAUAACUGAUAUUGAAGAUCUAACUCGCCCGACUAAGAGAAAGAAGCGGAUUGGUGCUUCCACAAGUUCUCAUCAUCAACCAGCUUUGCGAGAACGAGCAAAUUCCACAGCAACAUCACUGGCUAGUCAAUCAAAUGUUCAGUCAACGGUGCAAACCCCAUUCAGCCAGGAAACCAUCUGCAUUCGUGGUCAUCUAAGUCGUGCAGUGUCUCUAUCUGCAGUCCAAUAUUACUGUUGCUUCUCAGAAGACCGAGAAUCGGCAGCCAACGGCUCCAGCUCGUUCAAUUCAUUAGCCUCGUUUACCAGACAGAAUGGAGAUGCAGGUGAAUCGACCGGCAUGUCCGACUUUCAGACCAUCGAUAUCGAAGGGCUAUUUACUCGUGUACGAAAUGACUCUGGAUGUACAUGGAAAUGCACUUUCAGAGAAAGCAAAAGCUCCCCAUCACCCUCCGGGGAAUCAUCCAUCACUACUCCCGACACCUUAUUAGGCGCGAAUCAGGCCGUGCACAACAACGGCGGUAUCACUCCAUCUACUAAGAUAUCAAGGCGUGUCAAGAAGAUAAAGUAUUCGCCUGAAGAAGACGCUCUUAUUGUGGAUCUGCAGGAAAGAGAAAACCUUACGUGGACUGAAAUUGCAAACCGUCUUCCAGGAAGAAAGGCUAAAGCUCUUCAAGUACACUACAUCACAAAAUUGAAGAAUCGAAAGGAGGACAGAAUAGCUUUGACGCGGAUAAGGGCUGGACAGCAGAACACUAAAGGCGUCUUAAAACGAUCUAACCAACCCAACCGAUUCAAUGACGAUACAUCUACCGGUCAGCAACGAUACGGGCUGCGUUUGAAUAGACGCUCGACAGAUCGCUAUGCUCCAGAGUAG